AUGGCCCGGCUCGACCCCAGGAUCCUGCGCAAGAUGCGCAGCAAGGCGGACCAGUACAAGUCCACGAACCUGCUCUUCCCUUCCUACUGGCGAACGCGCCACUGGAGCAAGUCGCCGCACCGCAUCGUGCAGCUGGUGCGGCGCUACUCGGAGUCGGUCGACGGCAUCGCGUCCCGGGCCAUCGGGCGCUACCACGACCGGCUCUGGGACGACAUCGCCACCGAGGUCGAGGACCUGGACCUGCGGCGCACGCUGGCGCGGCACAUGCGCAAGGUCGACCAGCUGUUCUUCUUCGGCCUGCUGACGCGCGAGGUCCGCAGCCCCGGCUCGCUGACCCGCAGCGAGCAGCUGGUGAGGCUCAGGGUGCACGAGAGGAACCACCGGACGUCGUACGGGCGGUGGAACCCCGACCGCGGCGUCAUCGAGAUAUGGACCCAGGCUUUCCACAGGAGGAACAGCUUCCAGAGGCUUUUUUUAGCCCUGGCGCAUGAGAUGGCCCACGCCUAUCUGGAUAUAUUCAGCAAUCGCAACAGUUCUGCCUUUGCGAGGGACGUAGACCCCGACGAUGGCCAUGGUCCAAUGUUCAACAGGUUGUUCCACAUCCUCCUGUUCAGAUUGAAUCAGUGGGCGCCCGGCCUGCACGAGAUCCAAGACGAAUUGGUUAGAUAUAGGGACAGGCCGAGGGCAAGCCACAGGCACCGGGAAUACCGGAUAGCCGGCCCAGGACAGCAGAGUGACGCAGAUGCAUCAACAGAUUCAGGGCACUCAAGUAGUUCUGGCGGUCUAAGCGGUUAG